CUGCAUGCCGCUUUGACAUUAAAACGCGUUGUUUUGUACCGUGCAACAUUGCUCAUGCAACUAUGACGAUUGUCACGCCACCAAAAUGAGGGUACAGUAUCGCAGGGUACAUCAGUGUACCACAUCGCCCUUUGUUUCCCCUCCAUCGACUUUGCCGAGCACGAAUCAACAAUGGAGGUGAAUCGACGGCCACGUGUUGUCAAGCGGCAACCAUUCCUGAAGCGAAUCAUCAACGCACCCGAAGACUACUUGAUGAGGGUCGAGAACAACAUUAGGGCAAUGGACUGGGAUAUGCUUCAGGAGGGAUUCAGCUGGCCUUUAGCGCUCGCACUGAAUUUCCUGCUCAUUUCGGUCAAGCUGGGAUAUUGGCUGGAUGAUCCUUUGGCUAACGUGCCUGCAGUCCUCAGGAGCGAUCGCUCUUUAUAUUCCUCAAAGUCGAUGUUUCCUGGAUUCUCCACAGCGCUCGUCUCUCUACAGUACAUCUUGGUGACCAUCAGCUUUCUGAACGCUCUCUGGCUCUUCCAAAGCAAGAAGAACUACAAGAUGUUCAACAGAAACCUUGACGAAGAGCCGUCCGCAUCACACGCCAAGAUGGUUGAAAUUCAGCAGGAUGCGUCACAUUGGUCAUUCAAGUUUCCUGGUCGACUUGUCUAUCCAUUCAUCGCACCAUUCAUGAAGGGUCCGAAGCCUCAAGAGCACAGACGUCAUGUGUGGGAGAUGUCUCUCUGGAAUCCCUCGAUCUUGAGUCGUAAUUUGUUUUGCUGGUACUCGCCCGCACAAGUACUUAUCUUGUCCGUCAUGAACACCGACAACUUUUACAUUUUUUUCCCACUUUCGAUCGUGGUUGCCGCUCAAGUGCACUUUCUUGUAUCAGUAUACCAGUCCUAUGUUAAGGACAAACAAGUUCUUUACGGAGAAGUACAGCAGGAAUAUAACGCCAAAUUUGUUCAUCCCCGUAUCUUUGUGCGGAAGUUUGACAAGCAGACUUCCACUGGAACCGAUACGGAUGACCUGAACUUGCAGUUGUUUCAACAGGAUGGCGGCAUGUUUCGGUACGAGUCUAAGCGCAAUCCUAGGAAAUUCCAGCACCUGAGCGUUCCCGCAUCGAGAUUCUCACCGUCCUCUCCGGCUGUAGUGUCAAGAUUCAGAAGUUCCUCUGCACCAGGUCCCUCAAUAAGCAGCUCUGAAUUGUCCAGUUCUGCAGACAGUGAGAGUGAACAGAACGAGAGCGUUGACGAAGAUGAAGGAGAGGAGGAAGAAGAAGAGGAGGAGCAAGAGUACGGCGAGGACGAGGACAUGGACGAAUUGGACAAUGAGGAUGAUAUAGAGAAUGACCCGGACGUUGAUUACGAUGAGGAAGGUGAACAGCCUGCGGUUCCUCACCCUACGAACGCGCUCCAUUUUGACGACGACUAGUAUUCUUUCCCCCUCUAUCCCGGAUAUGUGGCAUACAAGAAUAAAGUCGAGUCGACCAAAUAGCCCGAACCACGACAUCAUCUUGGUGGUCGGGAAAGUAGCGAAGCAUCCAAGUACAAGUCCAUUAAGUCCAUCAUGCAUCUUUCGCUUACUAUUGUACACUUUUUUUUUUUAUUUUUUUUUAUU